UCUGUCUUUGCUGUAAGUAUGUGAAUCAUAGCCAAUGAGAUGUAAUUUAUCACUCCCCCACCCAUCUCUAGCAUCUCACGCUGAUCUCUGCCCUGUGGACCUUCCCACCUCACCCUGUUCCGCACGUCAGCCACCAUCAGCUUCCCUGGAUUGCCUGGGUAGGGGCAGUGAGGGCAUACCCUGGAGGCUCACGAGGCUCAGUGCAGGCUAGGGCCCAUACUGGCUGUGCUGCGGGGCGGGUCCCUGUGUGCUGCUGCAGAGUGCGGGAUCGGAAGCCGAGCGUGAAGCAGCUGUGUAAUCCACUGGAUGCGGACCAGGGCGCUCCCCUGCUCAGUCCGGUACCCGCAGAUUGGCUGGGCCUGGGGACACGUGACCGACAUGUGGCUGUAUUGGCGCAGCCCGCUGGGGUGUCACUGGAGACGGAAUGGAGGUGCUGCCGGGCUCGGAAAUGGGGAAGUACUUAAACAACUACAAGGAAGUAUUGAAGAUGAAGCUAUGGCUUCUUCUGGACAGAUUGAUUUUUUAGAGCGUCUUAAAGAACUUACCUUAGAUAGCAGCAAUUUUCCUGGAGUAAAACUACGGUCAAAAAUGUCCCUCCGUUCUUAUGGAAGCCGGGAAGGAUCUGUAUCAAGUCGUUCAGGAGAGUGCAGUCCAGUUCCUAUGGGGUCAUUUCCAAGAAGAGGGUUUGUAAAUGGAAGCAGAGAAAGUACUGGAUAUUUAGAAGAACUUGAGAAAGAGAGAUCAUUACUCCUUGCUGAUCUUGACAAAGAAGAAAAAGAAAAAGACUGGUAUUAUGCUCAACUUCAGAAUCUCACUAAAAGAAUAGAUAGCCUUCCUUUAACUGAAAAUUUUUCCUUACAAACAGAUAUGACCAGAAGGCAAUUGGAAUAUGAAGCAAGGCAAAUCAGAGUUGCAAUGGAAGAACAACUGGGUACUUGCCAGGAUAUGGAAAAACGGGCACAGCGAAGAAUAGCUAGAAUUCAGCAAAUAGAAAAGGACAUACUGCGUAUACGACAGCUUUUACAGUCCCAAGCAACAGAAGCAGAGAGAUCAUCUCAGAACAAGCAUGAAGCUGGCUCACAUGAAGCUGAGCGGCAGAAUGAAGGUCAAGGAGUGGCAGAAAUCAACAUGGCAACUUCUGGUGGUGGUCAGGGUUUAACUACACGAAUGGACCAUGAAACAGCCAGUGUUUUGAGUUCUGGUAGCACACACUCUGCCCCUCGAAGACUGACAAGUCAUUUGGGAACCAAGGUGGAAAUGGUGUAUUCAUUGUUGUCAAUGCUUGGUACUCAUGAUAAGGAUGAUAUGUCACGAACUUUGCUAGCCAUGUCUAGCUCCCAAGACAGCUGUAUAUCCAUGCGACAGUCUGGAUGUCUUCCUCUCCUCAUCCAGCUUUUACAUGGCAAUGACAAAGACUCUGUAUUGUUGGGAAAUUCCCGGGGCAGUAAAGAGGCUCGGGCCAGGGCCAGUGCAGCACUCCACAACAUCAUUCACUCACAGCCUGACGACAAGAGAGGCAGGCGUGAAAUCCGAGUCCUUCAUCUUUUGGAACAGAUACGAGCUUACUGUGAAACCUGUUGGGAGUGGCAGGAAGCCCAUGAACAAGGCAUGGACCAGGACAAAAAUCCAAUGCCAGCUCCUGUUGAACAUCAGAUCUGUCCUGCUGUUUGUGUUCUAAUGAAACUUUCAUUUGAUGAAGAGCAUAGACAUGCAAUGAAUGAACUUGGUAGGAAGGCUACCCGGGGCAUUUCAUCACAGGAGCUAGGGCAGGGGCUUUCAGGGGGACUACAGGCCAUUGCAGAAUUAUUGCAAGUGGACUGUGAAAUGUAUGGGCUUACUAAUGACCACUACAGUAUUACUUUAAGACGAUAUGCUGGAAUGGCUUUGACAAACUUGACUUUUGGAGAUGUAGCCAACAAGGCUACACUAUGCUCUAUGAAAGGCUGCAUGAGAGCACUUGUGGCCCAACUAAAAUCUGAAAGUGAAGACUUACAGCAGGUUAUUGCAAGUGUUUUGAGGAAUCUGUCUUGGCGAGCAGAUGUAAAUAGUAAAAAGACAUUGCGGGAAGUUGGAAGUGUAAAAGCAUUGAUGGAAUGUGCUUUGGAAGUUAAAAAGGAAUCAACCCUCAAAAGUGUACUGAGUGCCUUAUGGAAUUUAUCAGCACAUUGCACUGAGAAUAAAGCUGAUAUAUGUGCUGUAGAUGGUGCGCUUGCGUUUUUGGUUGGCACUCUCACUUACCGGAGCCAGACAAAUACUUUAGCCAUUAUUGAAAGUGGAGGUGGGAUAUUACGGAAUGUAUCCAGCUUGAUAGCUACAAAUGAGGACCACAGGCAAAUCCUAAGAGAGAACAACUGCCUACAAACUUUGUUACAACACUUGAAAUCUCACAGUUUGACAAUAGUCAGUAAUGCAUGUGGAACUUUGUGGAAUCUCUCGGCAAGAAAUCCUAAAGACCAGGAAGCAUUAUGGGAUAUGGGGGCUGUUAGCAUGCUCAAGAAUCUCAUUCAUUCAAAGCACAAAAUGAUUGCUAUGGGAAGUGCUGCAGCUUUAAGGAAUCUCAUGGCAAAUCGACCUGCAAAAUAUAAGGACGCCAAUAUUAUGUCUCCUGGUUCAAGCUUGCCAUCUCUUCAUGUUAGGAAACAGAAAGCCCUAGAAGCAGAAUUAGAUGCUCAGCAUUUAUCUGAAACUUUUGACAAUAUUGACAAUUUAAGUCCUAAGGCAUCUCAUCGUAGUAAGCAAAGACACAAGCAAAAUCUUUAUGGUGACUACGUUUUCGACACCAAUCGACAUGAUGAUAAUAGAUCAGACAAUUUUAAUACAGGAAAUAUGACUGUUCUUUCACCAUAUUUGAAUACUACAGUAUUGCCCAGCUCCUCUUCAUCAAGGGGGAGUUUAGAUAGUUCUCGUUCUGAAAAAGAUAGAAGUUUGGAGAGGGAGCGAGGAAUUGGCCUAAGCAGCUACCACCCAACUACAGAAAAUCCAGGAACCUCUUCAAAGCGAGGUUUGCCAAUCUCAACCACUGCAGCCCAAAUUGCCAAAGUCAUGGAAGAAGUAUCAGCCAUUCAUACCUCCCAGGAAGACAGAAGUUCUGGUUCUACCACCGAAUUACAUUGUGUGACAGAUGAAAGGAAUGCAAUAAGAAGAAGUUCCACUGCCCACACACAUUCAAACACAUACAAUUUUACUAAGUCAGAAAAUUCAAAUAGGACAUGCUCUAUGCCUUAUGCUAAAUUGGAAUAUAAAAGAUCUUCAAAUGAUAGUUUAAAUAGUGUUAGUAGUAGUGAUGGUUAUGGUAAAAGAGGUCAAAUGAAACCUUCAGUUGAAUCCUAUUCUGAAGAUGAUGAAAGUAAAUUUUGCAGUUACGGUCAGUAUCCAGCUGACCUAGCCCAUAAAAUACAUAGUGCAAAUCAUAUGGAUGAUAAUGAUGGAGAACUGGAUACACCAAUAAAUUAUAGUCUUAAAUAUUCAGAUGAGCAAUUGAACUCUGGAAGGCAAAGUCCUUCACAGAAUGAAAGAUGGGCAAGACCAAAACACAUAAUAGAAGAUGAAAUAAAACAAAAUGAGCAGAGACAAUCAAGGAGUCAAAAUACCACUUACCCUGUAUAUACUGAGAGUACUGAUGAUAAACACCUUAAGUUCCAGCCACAUUUUGGACAGCAAGAAUGUGUUUCCCCAUAUAGGUCAAGGGGAACCAAUGGUUCAGAAACAAAUCGAGUGGGUUCUGGUCAUGGAAUUAAUCAAAAUGUAAACCAGUCUUUGUGUCAGGAAGAUGACUAUGAAGAUGAUAAGCCAACCAACUAUAGUGAACGCUACUCUGAAGAAGAACAGCAUGAGGAAGAGGAGAGGCCAACAAAUUAUAGCAUAAAGUAUAAUGAAGAAAAGCAUCAUGUGGAUCAGCCUAUUGAUUAUAGUUUAAAAUAUGCCACUGACAUUUCUUCCUCACAGAAACCAUCAUUUCCAUUUUCAAAGAGUUCAUCUGCACAAAACACUAAAACUGAACACAUCUCUUCAAACAGUGAGAAGGCAUCCACACCUUCAUCGAAUGCAAAGAGGCAAACUCAGUUACAUCCAAGUUCAGCACAGAAUAGAAACGGUCAGGCUCAAAAAACUACCACUUGCAAAGUUCCCUCUAUCAACCAAGAAACAAUUCAGACUUACUGUGUAGAAGACACCCCAAUAUGUUUUUCAAGGUGCAGUUCAUUGUCAUCUUUGUCAUCAGCUGAAGAUGAAAUAGGAUGUGAUCAGACAACACAGGAAGCAGAUUCUUCUAAUACUCUGCAAAUAGCAGAAAUAAAAGAGAACAAUGUAACUAGAUCAACUGAAGAUCCUGUAAGUGAAGUUCCAACAGUAUCACAGCAUGUUAGAACCAAACCCAGUCGACUCCAAGCUUCCAGUCUAUCUUCAGAAUCAACCAGACACAAAGCUGUUGAAUUUUCUUCAGGGGCCAAGUCUCCCUCCAAAAGUGGUGCUCAGACACCCAAAAGUCCACCAGAGCACUAUGUUCAGGAGACUCCACUCAUGUUUAGCAGAUGUACUUCUGUCAGUUCACUUGAUAGUUUCGAGAGUCGUUCCAUUGCCAGCUCUGUUCAGAGUGAACCAUGCAGUGGAAUGGUAAGUGGCAUUAUAAGCCCCAGUGACCUUCCAGAUAGCCCUGGACAAACCAUGCCACCAAGCAGAAGUAAAACCCCUCCACCACCUCCUCAGACAGUUCAAACCAAGCGAGAGGUACCUAAAAAUAAAGUACCCACUACUGAAAAAAGAGAGAGUGGACCUAAGCAAGCUGCUGUAAAUGCUGCAGUUCAGAGGGUCCAGGUUCUUCCAGAUGCUGAUACUUUGUUACAUUUUGCCACAGAGAGUACUCCAGAUGGAUUUUCUUGUUCAUCUAGCCUGAGUGCCCUAAGCCUCGAUGAACCAUUUAUACAGAAAGAUGUAGAGCUAAGAAUAAUGCCUCCAGUUCACGAAAAUGACAAUGGGAAUGAAACAGAACCAGAGCAGCCUGAAGAAUCAAAUGAAAACCAGGACAAAGAGGCAGAAAAACCUGUUGAUUCUGAAAAAGAUCUACUAGAUGAUUCAGAUGAUGAUGAUAUUGAAAUAUUAGAAGAAUGUAUUAUUUCUGCGAUGCCAACAAAGUCAUCACGCAAAGCCAAAAAGCUAGCCCAGACUGCUUCAAAAUUACCUCCACCUGUGGCAAGGAAACCAAGUCAACUGCCUGUGUACAAACUUCUUCCAUCACAAAACAGGUUACAGGCACAAAAGCAUGUUAGUUUUACACCAGGAGAUGACAUGCCACGGGUGUAUUGUGUAGAAGGGACACCUAUAAACUUUUCCACAGCUACAUCUCUAAGUGAUCUUACAAUAGAAUCCCCUCCAAAUGAGUUAGCUGCUGGAGAAGGGAUUAGAGCAGGGGCACAGUCAGGUGAAUUUGAAAAACGAGAUACCAUUCCUACAGAAGGCAGAAGUACAGAUGAGGCUCAAAGAGGAAAAACCUCAUCUGUAACUAUGCCUGAAUUGGAUGACAGUAAAACAGAGGAAGGCGAUAUUCUUGCAGAAUGCAUUAAUUCUGCUAUGCCCAAAGGGAAAAGUCACAAGCCUUUCCGAGUUAAAAAGAUAAUGGACCAGGUCCAGCAAGCAUCUGUGUCUUCAUCUGGAACUAACAAAAAUCAAAUAGAUAGUAAGAAAAAGAAGCCUACUUCACCAGUAAAACCUAUGCCACAAAAUACUGAGUAUAGGACACGUGUGAAAAAGAACACAGACUCAAAGAAUAACUUAAAUGCUGAGCCAGCUUUCUCAGACAACAAAGAUUCAAAGAAACAAAACUUGAAGACUAAUUCCAAGGACUUCAAUGAUAAGCUACCAAAUAAUGAAGAUCGAGUUAGAGGAAGUUUUACUUUUGAUUCACCUCAUCAUUACACCCCUAUUGAAGGAACUCCUUAUUGUUUUUCACGAAAUGAUUCUUUAAGUUCUUUAGACUUUGAUGAUGAUGAUGUUGACCUUUCUAGGGAAAAGGCAGAAUUAAGAAAGGGGAAAGACAGUAAGGAUUCAGAAGCUAAAGUUACCAGCCUCACAGAACUAACAUCAAGCCAACAAUCAUCUAAUAAGUCACAAGCUGUUACAAAACAUCCAGUAAGUCGAGGCCAGUCUAAACCCAUACUACAGAAGCAACCCACUUUUCCUCAGUCAUCCAAAGACAUACCAGAUAGAGGGGCAGCAACUGAUGAAAAAUUACAGAAUUUUGCUAUUGAAAAUACACCAGUUUGCUUUUCUCGUAAUUCCUCUCUGAGUUCUCUUAGUGACAUUGACCAAGAAAACAACAAUAACAAACAAAAUGAACCUAUUAAAGAGACUGUGCCACCUGCUUCACAAGGAGAACCAAGUAAACCCCAGGCAUCAGGUUAUGCUCCUAAAUCAUUUCAUGUUGAGGAUACUCCUGUUUGUUUCUCAAGAAACAGUUCUCUCAGUUCUCUUAGUAUUGAUUCUGAAGAUGACCUGUUGCAGGAAUGUAUAAGUUCUGCAAUGCCAAAAAAGAAAAGGCCUUCAAGACUCAAGGGUGAUAAUGAAAAACAUAGUCCCAGAAAUAUGGGUGGCAUAUUAGCUGAAGAUUUGACACUUGAUUUGAAAGAUAUACAGAAACCAGAUUCAGAGCAUGGUUUAUCCCCUGACUCAGAAAAUUUUGAUUGGAAAGCUAUUCAAGAAGGUGCAAAUUCCAUAGUGAGUAGUUUGCAUCAAGCUGCUGCUGCUGCAUGUUUAUCUAGACAAGCUUCAUCUGAUUCAGAUUCCAUUCUUUCACUGAAAUCAGGAAUCUCUCUGGGAUCACCUUUUCAUCUUACACCUGAUCAAGAGGAAAAACCCUUCACAGGUAAUAAAGGACCACGAAUUCUCAAGCCUGGGGAGAAAAGUACAUUGGAAACUAAAAAAAUGGAAUCUGAAAAUAAAGGAAUCAAAGGAGGAAAAAAAGUUUAUAAAAGCUUGAUUACUGGAAAAGUUCGAUCUAAUUCAGAAAUUUCCAGCCAAAUGAAACAGCCCCUUCAAACAAACAUGCCUUCAAUCUCUCGCGGUAGGACAAUGAUUCAUAUUCCGGGAGUUCGAAAUAGCUCCUCAAGUACAAGCCCUGUUUCUAAAAAAGGCCCACCCCUUAAGACUCCAGCCUCCAAAAGCCCUAGUGAAGGUCAAGCAGCCACCACUUCCCCUAGAGGAGCCAAGCCAUCAGUGAAAUCAGAAUUAAGCCCUGUUACCAGGCAGACUUCACAAAUAGGGGGGUCAAAUAAAGGGCCUUCUAGGUCAGGAUCUAGAGAUUCUACUCCUUCAAGACCUGCCCAGCAACCAUUAACUAGACCUAUGCAGUCUCCAGGGCGAAACUCAAUUUCACCUGGUAGAAAUGGAAUAUGUCCUCCUAACAAAUUAUCUCAACUAGCCAGAACAUCAUCCCCUAGUACUGCUUCAACUAAGUCUUCUGGCUCUGGGAAAAUGUCAUAUACAUCUCCAGGCAGACAGAUGAGCCAACAAAACCUUACCAAACAAACAGGCUUAUCCAAGAAUACCAGUAGUAUCCCAAGAAGUGAGUCUGCCUCCAAAGGACUAAACCAGAUGAAUAAUAGCAAUGGGUCCAGUAAAAAGGUAGAACUUUCUAGAAUGUCUUCAACUAAAUCAAGUGGAAGUGAAUCUGAUCGAUCAGAGAGACCUGUAUUAGUACGUCAGUCUACUUUCAUCAAAGAAGCUCCAAGCCCAACCCUAAGGAGAAAAUUGGAGGAAUCUGCUUCAUUUGAAUCUCUUUCUCCAUCUUCUAGACCAGAUUCUCCCACUAGGUCUCAGGCACAAACACCAGUUUUAAGCCCUUCCCUUCCUGAUAUGUCUCUCUCCGCACAUUCAUCUGUUCAGACUGGUGGAUGGCGAAAACUUCCACCCAAUCUCAGUCCCACUAUAGAAUAUAAUGAUGGAAGACCAGCAAAGCGUCAUGAUAUAGCACGCUCCCAUUCUGAAAGUCCUUCCAGACUUCCAAUCAACAGAUCAGGAACCUGGAAGCGUGAGCAUAGCAAACAUUCAUCAUCCCUUCCUCGAGUAAGCACUUGGAGAAGAACUGGAAGCUCGUCUUCAAUUCUUUCUGCCUCAUCAGAGUCCAGUGAAAAAGCAAAAAGUGAGGAUGAAAAACAUGUAAACUCUGUUUCAGGAACAAAACAAACUAAAGAAAACCAAGUAUCCACAAAAGGAACAUGGAGAAAAAUGAAAGAAAGUGAAAUUUCUCCCACAAAUAUUACUUCUCAGAACACUUCUUCGGGUGCUGCAAAUGGUGCUGAAUCAAAAACUCUAAUUUAUCAAAUGGCACCUGCUGUUUCUAAAACAGAGGAUGUUUGGGUGAGAAUUGAGGACUGUCCCAUUAACAACCCUAGAUCUGGAAGAUCUCCCACAGGUAAUACUCCCCCAGUGAUUGACAGUGUUUCAGAAAAGGGAAAUCCAAAUGUGAAAGAUUUAAAGGAUAAUCAGGGAAAACAAAAUGGGGGUAAUGGCAGUGUCCCCGUGCACACCAUGGGUUUGGAAAACCGCCUGAACUCCUUUAUUCAGGUAGAUGCCCCAGACCAAAAAGGAACUGAGACAAAACAGGGACAGAGUAAUCCUGUUCCUGCAGCAGAGACUAGUGAAAGCUCUAUAGCAGAGCGUACCCCUUUCAGUUCAAGCAGCUCAAGCAAACACAGUUCACCUAGUGGAACUGUUGCUGCCAGAGUGACUCCUUUUAAUUACAACCCAAGUCCUAGGAAAAGCAGCGCAGAUAGCACUUCAGCUCGCCCAUCUCAGAUCCCAACACCAGUGAAUAACACCAAAAAACGAGACUCAAAAACUGACAGCACAGAAUCCAGUGGAACUCAAAGUCCUAAGCGCCAUUCUGGGUCUUACCUUGUGACAUCUGUUUAAAAGAGCUGGAAGGACAAGACAAAACUAAAAAAAUUAGGUGUUAAUUACAACUGCUAUAUAGAAAUUUUGUUCUAAAUGAAAGUUUAAAGGAUUGAAAGUUUUUGUAAAUAGGUUUGAUUCUUGUUAGAGGGUUUUUGUUCAGGAAGCCAUAUUUGAUAGAGUAUACUUUGUCUUCACUGGUCAUAUUUUGGGAGGCACUCUUAAUAGGGAAAAAAGUGGUAAAGCCAAGUAUAUUUGUACAGUAUGUUUUACAUAUAUUUAAGUAGCAUCCAUCCCAUCAUACUUCAGUUAUCGCUCGUCGUAAAAUAAUGAACACUACAGAUAGAAAAUAUGAUAUAUUGCUGUUAUCAAUCAUUUCUAGAUUAUAAACUAAUUAAACUUACAUCAGGGAGAAAUUGGUAUUUAUGCAAAAAAAUUGUUUUAGUCCUGUGAGUCCAUCUAACUUCAUAAUUAAUCAUGUGGCUGUGAAAUUCACAGUAAUAUGGUUCCCAAUGAAUAAAUUUACCCAGCCUGCUUUGCAUUACUGCAUGAAUGAAAUGACGGUUCAAUUUCAGAAGUUAUGAUUAACAGUUCUGUGGUCACAUGAUGUGCAUAGAGAUAGCUACAGUGUAACAAUUUACACUAUUUUGUGCUCAAAAAAAAAUCUGUGUAACUGUAAAACAUUGAAUGAAAUUAUUUUACCUGAACUAGAUUUUAUCUGAAAGUAGGUAGAAUUUUUGCUAUGCUGUAACUGUUGUACAUUCUGGUAUUUGAGGUGAGAUGGCUGCUCUUUUAUUAAUGAGACAUGAAUUGUGUCUCAACAGAAACUAAAUGAACAUUUCAGAAUAAAUUAUUGCUGUAUGUAAACUAUUACUGAAAUUGGUAUUUGUUUGAAGGGUCUUAUUUCACAUUUGUACUAAUAAUUGUCAAAAGGGCCUCUUUAAAAGCUUAUAUAAAUUUUUUUCUUCAAAUUCUAUGCAUUAAGAGUAAAAUUUCUCCUACUGUAAUAAAAACAAUUGAAGAAGACUGUUGGCACUUAACCAUUCCUAAAUUUCAAUUUUUCUUUAUGUGAUUAGCACUUCUUCAGUUUUCAAUAUUUUUCCACCCUUUUUCCCCCCCUUACUCCACUGGAACUCAGUUAAAACAGAGGCAUAUAUAUCAGUGUCUGCCUAGCACAGGUCUAGGCAUUGAAAUAACAGGACCACAUAAGUAUUCACUUUUUCUUAAAAGAAUUCUAUACUUGAAAUUUUGAUUAUUCUUAGUACAAGUAGUUUCUUCCAUGUUCUAUAAUGUAACUUGUCUUUCCUCCUCAUCUUUUCCCUGUUGCUACUGGGUCUAACAUGCAACACCUUAUAUCACCCUUCCUGUUAAGGCAUAUUUUCUACAGCCAAAUAUAAUCAGUACUCUGCCAUAUUCAGAAAAUACAAAAUCACAUGAAACUUUAAAAGUAGAUACAAUGCCAUUAAGAUACUCAAAAGAGGCCCUGGCAUUGGGAAAAAGAAAAAAAUCAGAGGAGUAUUUAAAUAUCCUUACCUGUUGAGAAAAACUUUAUUUUUGAUGUGUACAGUUGGUUAGGGGGCUGGGGUGAAGUACCCACUUACUUAUACUGACCUCAGGAGGAGCCCUCUUUCAUGAAGGAAAAUACACUGAUAAUAGCAAAGAUAAUUUACUUAAUAUAUCUUCCCUGAGUUUGUUCUAAAAGAUCAAAAGUGACUAUGAUGAUAAAUGCUCAUAUAUUUGUUGAAUAAAUGAAAGGUUUAUUUUUAAUGAUAAAAUUCAUGCACUCUGCAUUUGGAGAAGAUAAAGGAUUUUUAGGCGUGGUGGGGCACUGGGAAGAGGUGACAGGGAGUAUGCAUACCUACCUGGUGCCCUUGAAAUCACAUCAUUUAGUUAAUUAUCUAACUUGUGUUUUUACUUGUGUUUGUAACUUGCAGGUAAUGAGGCUGUUUUUUUAAAAGCUAAAGUGCCAGAAAAUUAAGUACCAUGAUUUGAACUAAAGCAUAUUACUCCAAAGCCCGUACUCUUUCCACUGCUCCACUUUAUAAACACCUCAAUUUAUUUAUCUUUGAAAUCUAUUUAAAUUUUUUUCAAAACUUCUCUGAAAUUGUUUAUGAAUAAUAUUCUAUAUUGUUCUCCAAGGCUGCCAUAAACAAUAGGGAUACAAUGUUUAUCUAGGUCAUAUCUGGUUUUGUCUGAAUUUUUGCAUGCCAGUUUUUAUAAACUACUUCCAAGUAUUUUUGUGGGAAGAGAUAAAAGUGUUAGUUAAUUAGAAUAAAGUUGCCUUUCAAUUCAAGUUUUUUUUUUUUUUUUAAAAAGGUAUUAUUGUAUUGGAAAUGAAAGAAGAGUCCCUUCUACUUACAAAAAGACUGGAAUUCCUGUGGGCAACAUUACUGGGAGAAGAACCAAUGCAUGUUGUCCCUUGAGGAAAAGGUCACUGGAUGAGAACCUCUAGUUAGAGAUAAUGGCUCUGAAUGAGUAAAGGGGCAAAUCACUUCUAUUUUGAGACAUUGGCAAGAUGUUACCAAAACUGAUAGCAAAGCUAAAUACUCCAAGUUGAUGCUGGGUUUAAGCCCAGUGUUGGGUUUAAGAUAAGUCAGUAAUUGUGAUGGCUAUUAAAAGGAAGGGAUACGGGAUUGACUGUGCCCUGUUUAACUGUGGACUGCAACAGAGAAAUCCUAAGGCAGUGGUUUUUGAAACAAGGGUGCAUUUGAAUCUUAGUGCUUAUGACACAGCCAGGUCACACCCUGGUAAUUGGACUGAGUAGAUUUAGAGUGGGCCCCAAGAAUUUGCAUUUUAACAAGUUCAAACAUGCUGCUGGUGCUGCUGGUCCUGAGGACCACACUUUGGGAAUUACUGCCCUCAGUUACCACAGUGAAGCUCCUUGAGUGAUUGCCUUGGGCUCCAGAUAUUCAACAACUGAACUUUUAAUCUACUAACAGAUUCUCCUUUCUGUAGACCUAAGACUUGAAUAUUGAGCUGUUCAAUAUGUUAUAACCCAUCUCCCGAUAAGAAACAAACUUACCAGACAUGAAUGAACAAUUAAUUUUUACUUUAUUAUGUCUGAAAGAUCAGCUAAUAUUCCCUUUGAAACAAUUAUUGUAAAAGCCAAAGUAUCUUAAUUUGAAAUGGCAAUAAGAUUAGAAGAGACUGGAAAUGGGAACUUGGAGGUGAGGGAAGACUGGUUUCAGAUGAAAGGAAAAUGUAUCCAGUUUAUUAAUAUUUAAUGAAUGUGGUCAAAUCAGUCUGAUAAUUGAGGAUAAACUUUAUAAAUUACCAGGGCACUGGAAGUUAAUGAGGGAAAUAAUGAAAGAUAUAUGCUGUAAGGAGCAAAUAGUACAUAUUUUUCUUGAUUAUGUAUAAUAUGGAUCAUGUUACACAAAGUUAAUUAAGUAAAAUGAUGAGUCCAUUGCUGAGGGGAACCAGUUGCACUAUAUCUGAAUUCAUAUAAUCAGGUGGGGUUUCUUUUCAUCUAAGAGAAAGAAUGGAGUGCCAGCAAUGCAAAAGUAAAUUGCCCAGAGCUGAAGAAAGAUUUGAGUAGUCAGAUGGGUAAAAUUUACCAAACAAAAAUGAUUUUUCAAAAGUCACUGUGGCUGAAAUAGUAUAAUUUUUUUUUCAUUUCCACUAACCAUAUUUCCCUAAUAUUACGCUGAGUUUAAAAUACUACUUUGUAAUGUUGAAGCCUAUGGACUGUGGCUUCUGUAUUACCCCAGGUUAUUUUCCUUCUGUUCUCAAUUCUGUGGUCUGUAAGUAUAUUCUGCUUUUUGUUAGGCCAUUGAUGCUUCUUUUAACCUGUAUGUUCUAUAUGUAUAAUACUGUUCUUGGUGCUAAAUAUACUUUCUUUCCUCUGAUAUUCAGGGUAAUUUUUUUUUCUACAUUUAUGACUGUUCACUUACUCUUAAAGUUAUCUGUUACUUUUUUAAUUGAAAAUGUUCAAUGUAUAGUAGCAAAAGUGAUCACUGAAUAUAAAACAACACUAGUGAGAAAUGGCUAUUGAAAGAAAUGCCAGACAUUACGUGCCCUACUUACACUACCUAUUAGGAUCCAAAGACUUGUUUGUUCUAGCUUUAAAAAAAAAAAAAAGGAAAAAAAAAAAAAGACUUGGCUAAUCAAUUUGAAAUAAGUUGUCACAAAGAAAAUUUCUGGUUGGUGGGAACUGAAAGCUCACAUAGGCUGAUUACUACAAUUGACAUCAUGGAGCCUAAUAGAAGAGGAAGCAGACAGAGGAAAAAGAGGAAAUGGGAACAGAUUGGUGGGGGCGGGGAGGCAUAUAAAGCAAGUAAGAGGCAAGUCAGGAGCCACCACAGUCCCUACAGGUUUUUUGCUUUGUUUUUGUUUUUCUUGGGGGGGAGGGGGGGAGUCCAGCCCUUUUUUAAAUUUUGAGACAGGGUCUCCCAAGUUGCUUAAUGCCUCGCUGGUUCUGAGGCUGGCUUUGAACUUGGCGAUCCUGCUUCAGCCUUCCAAGUCACUGGGAUUACAUGCAUGCACCACCAUGCCUGGCAGUCCCUGCCGUUUCUGAGACCUAGUUCUACUUUUCCCCAAAUGGGGGCACUUGUGAAUAAAACUCAAUUUGUUCCUGGAGUAACCUGAAACUAACAGAAACCCUCAUUAGGUGUGUCUUUAGUUUUUAAAUUUCUAGAUAGAAGAUAACUUUGUGUUUUUUUGUUUUGUUUACUUUUGGUGGUGAUUUUGUUUGGAAGUAAGGAUUGAACUCAAGGUCCACUGAGCUAGAUCCUAGGCACCUUUUGCCCUUUUUGUUUUCUUAUUGGGGGAGGGGGAGCAAGAGAGGGUCUCAUUAAGUAGCUUAGUGCCUUGUUAAAGUAGCCUCAAAACUUGCAGACCUCCUGCCUCAGCUUCCCAAGUCACUGGAAUUACAGAUAUGUGUCACCAUGCCCAGAAAGAGGAAGAUGUUCUAAAAACAUUAGUGAGGAGAGAAAUAGUUGCCUAAAAAAAAGAUUAGCAUCAGAUUUCUACAACACCAAAUGGCAAAGAAGAAAAACACCACAGAACAACAUGCAGCAUUCAGAAGCCCCCGAGUUCAAUCCCUGGUACCCUACCCCUGCCAAAAAAAGAAAAAGUAUAAAUAAUUGUGGUUACUCUGACAAUGAAUCUCAGUGUAAGUGUCCAGAUAAACAAAAAAUUAAAUGCUUAAUAAUUUUAAUGAUUUUAAAUUCAAGAUUAUUCCAACACAAAUAGGGAAACAAGAGUUAGAAGGUAGGGAAGAGGUAAAAACAUGCUAAAUAAGUAAUGUCAACAGAUACUAUGUUAUUUUUAACUUGGAAGAACAUGAUUUUAAUUUUUUUAAUUUAGUGGAAACCCCAAUGUUAAAAAAGAAGUUGGGCUGCGGUUGUGGCUCAGUGAUAGAAUGCUUGCCUAGCACAUGUGAGGAACUGAGUUCAACCCUCAGAACCCCAUAAAAAUAAAGACGUUGUGUCCAUCUACAACGAAAAAAAAAUUUAAGUCAGUUUUUCCAGGUUUUAACUAGUAAAUAAAUCAUUAAAAUAACUAAAGAUACUUGAAUAAGAUGCUAAAGAACAAAGGGGAAUUGAGGAAGGGUUAAUCAAAACAAAGCAUAAAGUAGAGGAACAGUACCAAAUAAAUGUAUUGAUCACAUAUAAUAAACACUAUCGGGCUAGGGUUGUAGCUCAGCUUGCCUCGCACAUGUGACGCGCUGGGCUCAAUCCUCAAUACCACGUGAAAAUAAAUAAAGAUAUUGUGUCCAUCUACAGCUAAAAAAAAAAAUGAAAUACUGCAUUACCAAACGAUUUUUAAAUGAUCCCAAAUGAAUAAAACCAAACUUACACAGGCAAAUGCAAAGAAGCCAGUUAUGGCAGAUAUAUGCCAAAACAUAAUUCUGAAGAAAAGGCAUUAAAUGCGAUGAAGAAAACAAGAUAAACAUCAGUCAUGAAGUAAUCUUCAAGUGCCAAAUAAUAUAUCUCCAAAUGAAGGGGAAAAUUUAGACAUACAAAGAGAAAAUGAAGAUUAUCAUGGGAACAGUGAGACUGUCAAUGUUGGAAACAGGAAUUAAUCUGCACAAAAGAACAGUUACCUGGAACUUUAGCAUCCUCUUGUAAGAGUGAAUCCUGUUAAAGAAAAGUUCUCAGAAGGUACUUUCCUUUAGCUGAGGACCUUGAUUUGGGGAUCUAUAAAGAUAAACCUGGAAUUUGGAUAGGGGGAUCUUAGUAAGUUUGCUUAAGAAAGGCAAGAAUUUGAAAUUCUUGGGGUGGUCCAGGAAUUGGAGGCUGAGGAGAAGAGAUGGAGAGAACAAAAGGAAAGAGAAACAUAGCAACAUUGUGUGAGUCCAAGGUCCCAGCUGGGGUAACAUGGCCAGUGAAGACCCUGGCAGUGCAGUGACUACGAUGAUUUUAGAAAGAGAUGUUUGCUAUUUCAGUUGGCACCCUCAUUCUUUUGUCCUUCCUAGUAUUUAUUCACUUGUUUUAAAUUUUCAGACUAAUCAUUAAAAUUAACUUCACUAUCAUUAUCAGUAAUUAAAUCUAAGUAUCAGUUUUCAGUAUUUAUCAUUGUUUAUAUUUCGUGUCUUUGAUUUUCUUUAGUUCUUUACAUUAAUUUAACUUGGCUGAAAUAUUUCCUGUUUUUUUUUUUUUUUCCAGAAAAGCUAAGUUAGGGAUAUGCUUUCUAAUUCUACUCUUAGUUUAAAAUUGCUUUUUUUUUUUUUUUUUUUUUUUUUGCCUUCACACAAAGUAUAAUUUUGGUCACAAUUCUUUUUCCACAGAACUCUUAGCUUCUGAUGUUUGCUACUGCUGAAAUGUUUCAACACUGGUCUGGGUUUUUAAAUUAUAUAUAAACUUUUGUUUCCUAUUUGUAUGUUUAUAUGGUUUUAAUAUUUUUUAGUUUUGUAGUUGUAAAUGGAUAAAAUGCCUUUGCUCAUUUUUAAGCAGUGCUUCACAUGCUAGGCAAGCACUCUGCCACUGAGCUAAAGCCCCCACCCCUGUUUACAGGGUUUUAUUUUUAUCUUUGCAAAAAAGAAAUUUUAGUAAGUCUAGCUGUUUUCAUUUUUUUUACCCACAACCUUGUCUUUUAUUAUUAAAUACUUUUAAUCUUAAGCCUUCAACAGAUGUUUUAUCUCUUAUUAUGGCUGUUCCUCCAUCACUUUCUUUCUCUCACUUUGCAAUAUCACAAAUCAAGCCUCUCUCCCUGAACAGUAUUUCAGAAAUAGUGUAGAGUUAAAUACGAGAGUGGCAUAGAAAUGGCACUAAGUAGGGCUGGGGAUGUGGCUCAAGAGGUAACGCGUUCGCCUGGCAUGCGCGGGGGUGUUGGGUUCGAUCCUCAGCGCCACAUAAAAUAAAAUAACGAUGUUGUGUCCACCGAAAACUGAAAAAUGUUAAGAAAAAUAAAUGGCACUAAAUAAUAUUAGCUCCAUCAUCUCUGACAUUAAUUCCCUUAAUGUGUAUAAACCCGAAAAAGUAACCACCAAUACUGCCCUUUUGUCCCCAAUUACUUAAAUGGCUCUAAAAAAAACAAUUCCAUGGUAACCAGGUUACUGCAUUAAACUUCAGACCAUCUCCUUAAUUUCUUGUGUGUGUGUGUGUGUGUGUGUGUGUGCGCGCGCACGCGCGCAUAUACAGAAAAAAAAACAAGAGAGCUCUAUAUAUCUAUAUCACCUAUAGAUAGAUACAGAGAUAUACAGAGAGGGAGAGAGACUGAUGCCCUGAGCAUCUAUGCUCAGCCAUUAUUACUGCAAAUGGGCAAAUCCAACCUCACUGAGACUCAGCAUUUGGGGAGAUUUUUGUUUAGUUGGUUCUUUAGUCUUUUUUUUUUUUUAAUCUAUAAAUAAAGUAAAUGUCUUACCUGCCUGUUUCUUUGAAAAGUUCCAUUGUAAAUAUGGAAUAAACAGCCACUGCUAAUAUAGGAAUGAAGGUAUGUUUAGUUGAACAGAAAUGCUGUGAAGUAAUGCUUUGCAAUUGAAAAGGUUAAAAUAUGUUAUUCAAUGACAUAUUAAGUAAACCAGACAUUUGAAAAACAGCAGGUUCAAAACGAUCGUUCACAUUUUUAAAAAAAGGAAAUUCCCCUGUGAAAGACACUGUCCUUACUCUAGAGGAUUCCGUACAGAUUUUGAUAAUAACUCAUCUUUUACGCCUACCCAAAUGAUUUAGUUGCUUCUUCACACUAUUAUUUGUAUAAUGCAGUAUAUAAGUAACUGGCCCUGCUUCUUUGGAUCUUUAUUUUUUUGUUAAAUCUACAGUACGACAUUAAAUUUGCACUAUCCGUUUCUCCUUUUAAUCCACCUUAUGUCACUUUAAUUCUAGGAGCCAGCUGGAACUCUUAAGAAAAUGAAGGUAGUGUGUUCCUCUCCCUACACAUCAACAAAGCAUACAAAAUCAUGAUUAAUUUUAGUCUAUAAGAUGUCCUUCAGACGUUUUAAAAGGUGAAUAGUAAAGUUUCUAACAUACAGUACAUUGAAACGCAACUGCCAAAAAUUUUGCUAAUUCCUUCACUUUAAAAAAGUUCAAUCUUGGACUGGGGGUACAGCUCAGUUGGUAGAGUGCUUGCCUGGCAUGCACAAGGGCCUGGGUUCAAUACCUAGCACAAAGAAAAAAGAAAGAAAGAAAAGAAAAAAAAGUUCAAUCUGAGGGAAGUAGGAGUGGAAACAAAAUUAAACAAAAAAAAACAUUUCCUUGCCUGCUCUAACUUGUAUUUCCGCUUCAUACUACACAGACUCCCAUCAGCUUACAGCCUUCACCCACGGGCGAGCGUAAAUAGUAUCACCCAACUUUGGUGUGAAACGGGGAACGAGGAAAUGUUUAAUUAAUUAAUAAAAAAUAAAUGAUAAUCCACGCCCCUAAAGCACUCCAAAAGGAGAAAAAUGGAAAGGAAUCGUUUUCAGUCUUCUCGCGAGAAGAAAGGUUAACAAGCCACGUCAAUCUAGACGUCACGGCUCCGAGUGACAGGUGCUGGAACAAACCGGCGUUGAAAAGCAGCGAACGCAGGGCCACUUUGGUGGGCCGGAGUUCCGCCGGAAGAGCGGGUGGUUUCGUAACUUCCGGCUGAUUUUCUGUGGGCGGAGUCUGUGCAGUCUGUGGACAUGGCUUGCGCCGCCUCACGGUCCCCGGCGGACCAAGACAGGUUUAUUUGUAUCUAUCCUGCUUAUUUAAAUAAUAAGAAGACCAUCGCGGAGGGAAGGAGGAUCCCCAUAAGUAAGUGCCUCAUACAUGCUAGGCAAGUGCUCUGCCAUUGAGCUACAGUCCCAGCUCCUAGGCUGUUGAAAAUCCUACAGCUACAGAGAUUCAAGAUGUAUGCUCAGCAGUUGGACUUAAUGUGUUUGUUGAG